AUGGAAAAUGACGGCAACUGUAGCGUCGAUACGAUUUUAACGAAAUCUGAUGCAAAACUCUUGAGUCCACACUUCAAUGAUAGCUAUUUGUCACAAGAAUCUCAACAUUUGACACAAGAAUUGCAUGACUCGGCCAUCGAUGACGAAUCCGUCACUAACUAUACUAUCAGUUCUGUCAGCAGUGGGGGACAGUCGACGUGUCAGGACAUACCGGCGCUAAAUAGGGCCGGCAGUCACCCAUCGAUGCCUAUAAACUAUUUGAAUAUUGAGUUGACGGACGAUUUUCAGACCACAUCCAGUUCCCCAUAUCUGUCUUAUGUGACACUCACGGCAUAUGUUGGUCACGAGUGGGUCAUUGCAAUGAAGUACAGGUGCGAAGAACACAGAGCCGUCGAGAUAUUGGUACAGGAGUUAAGACAUUAUACUAAAGACAACAAAACAGAUAACUAUAAACUCUGGGAUAACGCCAUCAAAAGGAUUAAAUGCAAUGGAUUUAUGUCUCAUCCGAUGUCCAGACAUAAAGACCGCCUCAACAGUGAACCCACUCUUCAAUACAAUGCAUUCAUUUGAACCAAAUUUCAUGCGAAAUGCAAACCAAUUGUCAGAAUUAUAUGAUUUGAGACAAUCAUUUGAAUUGAGAUCUAAUGAAAGCCAAAGUCGAGUAACAAAUAAAUGCAACGAAUAUAUUAACAAAUCUAAGGAAUUGAUGUUCAAUUUGAAUAGUGUCAGGGUUCCCAAUAUUAUCCCAUUUAUACCUCCUAAGGCGUCUCAACC